CUUAGUUCAAAAAUCGAUUGAACCAACAACAAUGAUGCCUAAACUUGAUAUUGUGUCUAUUAAGGUAAUGGUAAAGCCAUCGUCUCCAACCCCUAAUCACCUUAGAGAUUUCAAAAUCUCCCUCGUUGAUGAGAUGGCUCCUCCAAUCUAUAUUCCAAUAAUUUUAUUCUACUCAGCCACUGAUAUUAAUAGUUCCUUUGGAACUCAUGAUGUCGAGACCAUAUCCAAUAAAUUAAAGGUUUCUUUAUCCAAAGUUCUCACUCUAUAUUACCCAUUCUGUGGAAGAUUCAAAUGUACCUCACCUUCCUCUGUUGAUUGUAAUGAUGAAGGUGUACCUUACAUCGAGUGUAAAUUCCCCACUAACCUUACAGAUAUUCUCAAAAGGCCUCAAUCCCAAAUGCAGGAGCUUUUGCCAUUUGACCCAUAUAAUAAUGUUUCUAGUAGUUUGGAUCAUAAUGAUGACAAACACAAAGUGACCAUGGCGGUUCAGUUGAGUGAAUUCAAGUGUGGGGGUAUUGCACUUGGUGUGUGCCUCUCACACAGGGUAGCAGAUGGGGAAGCAACAUCAUCAUUCCUCAAUGCUUGGGCUAAAACUGCAAAGGGUCUUUUCAACCAAGUAGACCCACCUCAAAUGGAUGCAGCAUUGAUUUUCCCUCCACGGGGAAUAGAAUGGGCCAUGACUAGUCUCAUGGUGGGUGGUGGCAAUGAAAAACUCGUGACCAAGUGUUUCUUGUUUAGUCCAACGGACUUGUCCAGAUUGAGAGCUAGAUUUGGAAGCUUUAAUCCGACUCGCGUCGAAGCUGUCACAGCACUCAUAUGGAAAUCAGCCAUUCAAGUAGCAAAAGGAAGUUACAAGGCUUCUAUGGUGUGCCACGCCGUCGACAUUCGUAAUCGAAUGGUGCCACCGUUGCCAAAAAACUUGUUUGGCAAUCUUUGGCUUUAUUCUAUUUCUGAAUUGGUGGAUUUGGGUGACGGAGGUUAUGGAACAGAAGAGUUGUGUGAUUUGGUGGGGAUGGUUAGGAAUGCUAUUAGAGAAACUAGUGCGGGUUAUUCAGAUAUGCUGCUUCAAGGUGACGGUUUGGAUGAGUUCGAUGAAUUCUUCAAGGAAGCAAGAUUAAGGGUCGCUGAAAAUCUUGUUGCAUGUUGUGGAUUUAGUAGUUGGACAAGAUUUGGUUUCUAUGAAGUUGAUUUUGGAUGGGGGAAGCCAAUUAAGGUGAGAAACAUUAAUUUGCCUAUGAAGAAUGUGACAUAUUUGAUUCCUACAAGAACUGGAGAAGGCAUAGAGGCAUGGGUAACCAUGACCGAGCUUGAUAUGGAUGAAUUCCAGCGUAACUCCGAGCUUCUCCAGUUUGCCUUGCUGGAAUCUUAAGAGUUUUUAUAUAUUUUCUUAUAAAAAUGUAUGUCUUAGUGUGGGAUAAUAAAGAAAUAAGUUUAAAAUGUUGUGAUAAGACGUGGAUGAUCACGUAGACUAACCUUCUCAAUACUGAAGGAAUCAUUCUCAAGAGAGAAUGAAUUUAAUGAAGGUUGAAAAGUGAUGACAAUUUGUGUGUAUAAAUAGGAGAAGCAUCCAUCUGAAUAAACACACACAAGCAAU